AUGUCCUCCCCUCUGAGUGUCGGAUUCAUCGGUGGUGGUAACAUGUGUGAAGCUCUGCUGAAGGGUCUGCUUUCUUCCCACAUCACUGCGGAGAACAAGGUCAUCAUCAGCGAGCCGCUACAGUCCCGUGAAGAGUAUCUUCGAAAGACUUAUCCCGGUAUUCACAUCACUGCUAAAAAUGCUGAUGUUGUUUCCGCUCAGUGUGACGUCGUAUUUGUCGCAGUCAAACCACAGAUGUUGAAGUCGGCUCUUAGUGGACUCAAUUUCACUCAAAAGCCUCUCAUCAUAUCUAUCUGCGCUGGUGUAUCUCUCGAGACGCUCUCGCAGCUGAUGCCGAGCCAAAGGAUCGUUCGUGUUAUGCCUAAUACUCCAGCUCUCGUUGGCGCUGGGGCUUCAGCUUUCUGCAUGGGAGCUUCAUGCACGGAACAGGAUCGCGCCCUCGCGAACAAGUUGCUCGAAUGUUUCUCUGGCGUCGUCGUUGCUAUUGAUGAGAAACUGAUCGAUGCGGUGACUGGUCUCUCAGGAAGUGGCCCUGCUUAUUUUUUCCUCUUUAUUGAAGCCCUCGCUGACGGUGCGGUCCAACAGGGACUUCCUCGGGCUCAGGCGUUGAAGCUGGCAGCGCAGACCUGUGUGGGAGCAGGAAAAAUGGUAUUGGAGUCUGGCAGACACCCGGGUGAGCUGAAGGAUAGUGUGUGCAGUCCUGCUGGUACAACGAUCGCUGGCGUCGCCGCCCUGGAGCGUAAUGGAUUCCGUAGUGCAGCUAUGGAAGCAGUUAAGGCUGCCACUGAGAGGAGUAGAGAGCUUUCGAAGAUAUAG